CCUUAUCCAUUCUUUGGCCGUCGGCUGUUGCCUGCUGUUUUUUUCCUAUUCGGCGAAUUGGAAGCUCCACUCGAAGAAAGAGCAGGCAACGAACUUGGAAUGGCGAUGAAAUGUUUGGCGCCCAAUCUAUCUUCCCAACCAUACGCUUACUCUGUCCGCUUUGCUUCAUCUACCAUUUCCGCUGAAUCAACUUCAGCUGCCACCCAAGUCGCCGCCGCAACUUCUCCCCUGCCCAAGGCAAUUACGACGACCAGACGAAAAGCUUUAUCGGCAGCAGCAUCCUUAAUCCUAUCCACCUUGCCAUUCUCCGCCGCCAAUCCUGCCUAUUCUUCUUCGAUCACCGAUUUCCUCGAGCUUCCGAAUUCCGGCGGCGUCAGGGCGUUGGACCUCCGCGUCGGUUCCGGCGCAGUCCCCGCCGACGGCGACCAGGUGUCAAUCCAUUACUAUGGAAGGUUGGGAGCCAAACAAGGAUGGCGGUUUGAUUCGACUUACGAUCAUAAAGAUGCCAGUGGGGAGGCGAUUCCUUUUGUAUUCAUUCUCGGCUCUGGAAAAGUGAUUGCAGGGAUUGAAUCAGCCGUUAAGUCGAUGAAAGUGGGCGGCAUUCGUCGGGUGGUGAUUCCCCCCUCCCAAGGCUAUCAGAACACUUCGCAAGAACCUUUGCCUCCUAAUUUCUUUGACAGGCAGAGGCUGUUCACCACAAUUUUCAACCCAACGCGGCUUGCCAAUGGAGAAGGGUCCACAUUGGGAACACUCAUCUUCGACAUCGAGCUCGUCGGCCUGAGGAAUUAGGCAGCCGGAGCUCUUGGGUUCUGCAACUUUUUGGUACCAGUGUAUCAUUGUAACUUCACAUAUUCUUUGUAUUUUGAUCCUGCUUUAUAAGGGCUGAAAAUUGAGUAUUACAUGAAUGUUUAUUUAUGUGCUACCAGUUUCAUCUCGCAGUAAUAGUAAAGAGGAUUAAGGGUUGUGAUUGGGUGAUCUACGCUACGGUGACAAGGCAGCUGAAUGUUGAUGCAUCCUUGUAGCUGCCCACAAAUUCAAGACUAUAGCCUUGUCACCAACGGUGGCUCCUCGCACAUCACGGUACAGAAUGUUACUGAUCUCCACAUCUGAUGAGAAGUCAUGAGGAGGAACAAGCGCCAUAUAGGUGUAUUCUUGGUCAAUGAUGAGUGCCACAGAAGACAUUAUCAGUGUUGCAAAUUAGCAAUUCUGAGGAAACGAUUUGGGUUAGGAAAUACAGGAUUGAACAAAUAUAUGAAUUGUUCGGUUGGGGAUUGAAUGGAGUGAGUGGUAUGGAUAUUUUCUACCUUCCACUUCUUGAUACUAGCACCAUGCUAGUUCUAGUGAACUUGGGAGUCCUGAGCAUGGACUUCUUCCACCGUCUCAUAGGCUCCAUUCUUUCUCAGGCUUCCAACACUAAAUGCCAUGGCGAUGUCGGAAAUGUUGAUCUAAGGUGAAAAGCCAUUGAUGCAAAUGCAAUCAUCCCCUUUAAGUAAGCAGGGAGUCUAGCUGGCUCAUUAUUUCCAGAACUGAGAAUGGCAUGUACCCAACAAGUCUCAAAAUGGACUCGUACCUGUGCCAGUGAAGUCGAGGAUCUGAACGUUGGAAGAAGUGCCAGUGAAGUCGAGGAUCUGAACAUCGGAAGAAGUACCAGUGAAGACUGUUUGUUGAAACUAACUGCCUGCAGAAAAAUGUACAAAAAGUGCAAAGGCAGUAACCAUUUCAAGCGCUAGCUAGCUAGACAGACUGGCAGAGGCAGAGGCAGAGGAAUGUUAAGCAGGGCGUGCAGAAGCGUGAGACACAAGGGAUUGUUCAUUCAGAAUUAGCCACGUGCAUCUAACAGGACCGCCUCGAAGAGCUCCAUAGUUAAGCACUUCGAAAGAAAGGUGCUGCUGCGGUAAUCUGCGAGGAGAUGAUGGAGUAGUAGUCCGAGCAAUUAUGAGUAAGAAAACUAGAACAAUUGCUGAUAUACCCUUCACUUUG